AUGAAUAAAGUUGCCUUUAGUGCUAUUUUCUCCACUCUCAAAACGAUGGUCCGACCAGGAGUACCGAUCGCUCGCAAUCUUUGCGCAACGGUUAAAAGUUCAGGAGAUACGUCCGAGAAAUAUAGCUUUAAAACGCUCAAGCUGACGACGCCGUCUCCGUUCGUGGUGCAUGUCGAGUUCAAUCGCCCCGAUCGUAUGAACGCCUUCAAUCGGCAGCUGUGGACGGAAAUCAAAGAUUGUUUUGAUCAGCUGCACAAUGAUCCCGAUUGCCGGGUGGUGGUACUGUCAGGCGGUUCCUCCAAACACUUCACGGCCGGCAUUGACCUGUUCGAUAUGAUGAAGCUGGGCCAAGAGUUGGGUGCUAUCGAGGAAGUGGGACGACGUGGUCGGCUGCUCGAGGGAACUAUCAAACUCUACCAGGACUGUAUCAGUUCGCUGGAGCAAUGCUAUAAACCGGUCAUCGUUGCGAUACAUGCUGCUUGCAUCGGUGCGGGCCUCAAUCUGAUCACGGCGGCCGAUAUAAGGUAUUGCACUCGUGAUGCUUUUUUCUCGUUGAAAGAGGUGGACAUCGGUUUGGCGGCCGAUGUUGGAGCAUUGCAGCGUUUCCCACGUGUCGUCGGUAAUCAGAGCUGGGUGCGAGAGCUAAGCUUUACCGCUCGUAAGUUUGCGAGCGACGAAGCGUUCAACCAUGGGCUAGUGUCUCGACUCUUUGACAAUCGGGAAGAAUUGCUGCAGGGAGCGAUGAAGCUAGCGGAAGAGAUCGCCAGCAAGAGUCCGAUAGCAGUGCAGGGAACGAAGAAAAAUCUUGUCUUUUCUGGUGAUCAUACCAUACAGGAAGGGCUGGACCACAUACGCGGAAUCAACAUGCUUAACCUACAGAGUGAAGAUUUCCUGAACGCAAUUAUGGCAUCACAAAGCAAGGAAACGCCGGUAUUUGCCAAACUGUAA